GCCACUUCUUCUCUCUCUUACACUUAUACACAGACACACGAAGUUACAAACAGACACAUUAUUUUCUCAUCCAAAUUAACCAAAAUGGCAUACCUCAGAAGCUCUCUAGUCUUAACACUUCUCUCUAUGUUCAUUUCCAUAGUGCUAGCUUCUCCUAUGACAUACAAUGUGGUGAGUUUGGGAGCCAAAGCUGAUGGGAAAUCGGACUCGACUCAGGCUUUUGUUAGUGCAUGGACAAAAGCUUGUGCCUCAGUAAAGCCUGCAAUUAUUUAUGUGCCAGUUGGAAGGUUCUAUCUAAGGCAACUGGUUUUCAGUGGACCAUGCAACAACAAUGCUAUCAUUAUGCGCAUAGCUGGGACCCUUGUGGCUCCAUCAGACUAUAGGAUCCUUGGAAAUACUGGAAACUGGAUUGUGUUUGAACAUGUUGAUGGGGUUACCAUAUCUGGUGGAAUUCUUGAUGGCCAAGGCAAUGGUUUGUGGGCUUGCAAAGCCUCUGGCAAUAGUUGUCCUUCGGGAGCCACGACACUGGAAUUUUCAAAUUCAAACAACAUUGUGGUACAUGCAUUAACCUCCCUAAACAGCCAAAUGUUUCACAUAGUUGUCAAUGGCUGCCACAAUGUGAAAAUGCAAGGUAUCAGGGUCACCGCUGCCGGAAACAGUCCAAACACCGAUGGAAUUCACGUUCAAUUAUCUUCAAGUGUCACAAUUCUUAACUCCAAGAUCGAGACUGGUGAUGAUUGCAUCUCAAUUGGCCCUGGUACAACUAACUUGUGGAUUGAGAAUGUUGCAUGUGGACCUGGGCAUGGAAUUAGCAUUGGGAGUCUAGGCAAGGAUCAACAAGAGGCUGGUGUACAAAAUGUGACAAUUAAGACAGUUAUUUUUACUGGUACUCAGAAUGGAGUGAGGAUUAAGUCUUGGGGAAGGCCUAGUAAUGGGUUUGCUAGGAACAUUCUAUUCCAACAUGCCGUUAUGACGAAUGUCCAGAAUCCUAUAGUAAUUGACCAAAAUUACUGCCCUGGCAACAAAGGUUGCCCUAGUCAGGUUUCUGGAGUUCAGAUUAGUGAUGUGACAUACCAAGACAUCCAUGGAACAUCAGCAACAGAGGUUGCUGUGAAAUUUGAUUGUAGUCCGGGGAAUCCAUGCUCCAGAAUAAGAUUGGAAAAUGUAAAGCUCACUUACAAGAAUCAAGUAGCCCAAGCUUCGUGUAGCCAUGCUGCUGGAACAUCUGCUGGUUUUGUCCAGCCUACAAGUUGCUUGUAGAGGGGAAAAAAAUUAUACAAAAUCCAUAUCUAUGAAGGAUAGAAAAGGAACCUACAUUCCUGUCCUUUCAUCCUUAGGGAAAAAUAUUGUACACAUUUUUUGUUUUUGUAAUAUGAAGGUUAGUGUGAUAGGUCAUUGAGUGAUAAGUUGAUUGCUUGAGCCUGUGGCAGUGCUUGCCCACUGGGCAUUCUUGAAGCUUGCCUGACAUUGCAAUCAAAAUAUAA